UUUAAAUGGAAGCUGCUUCUGGGAUCUGGAUGGUUUUUACUGACACAAACGUGGCAUAGCAGCUCCAUCACAUCAGGAGGUUGCAAUGAGUGGAGGUGGGGAGCAGCCUGACAUCCUCACUGUGGGAAUCUUGGUCAAAGAAAGAUGGAAGGUGCUAAGGAAAAUAGGAGGUGGAGGAUUUGGAGAAAUUUACGAUGCAUUGGACUUGCUUACCCGAGAGAAUGUGGCACUGAAGGUCGAGUCAGCUCAGCAGCCAAAGCAAGUGCUGAAAAUGGAAGUAGCUGUGUUGAAGAAACUGCAAGGAAAGGAUCAUAUCUGUAGAUUCAUUGGAUGUGGAAGGAAUGACAGAUUUAACUAUGUGGUCAUGCAGUUGCAGGGUCGAAAUUUGGCAGACCUGCGUCGGAGCCAGUCUCGGGGAACAUUCACAAUUAGUACCACUCUGCGGCUUGGGAGGCAGAUCUUGGAAUCUAUUGAAAGUAUUCACUCUGUAGGAUUCCUGCACAGGGACAUAAAACCGUCUAACUUUGCAAUGGGACGUUUUCCUAGCACCUGUAGGAAGUGUUAUAUGCUGGAUUUUGGCUUGGCACGACAAUUUACGAACUCAUGUGGGGAUGUCCGACCACCUCGAGCUGUUGCUGGUUUUCGGGGAACAGUACGAUAUGCGUCAAUCAAUGCUCAUAGAAACAGAGAAAUGGGUCGACAUGAUGAUCUCUGGUCCCUGUUUUACAUGUUGGUGGAGUUUGUGGUUGGGCAACUACCUUGGAGAAAAAUAAAAGAUAAGGAGCAAGUGGGAUCCAUUAAAGAGAGGUAUGAGCACAGACUUAUGUUGAAACACCUUCCUCAAGAAUUCAACGUCUUUCUGGAUCACAUCUCUAAUUUAGAUUACUUUACAAAACCUGAUUACCAGCUUCUCAUGUCUGUGUUUGAUAACAGCAUGAAAACCUUUGGGGUUAUUGAAAGUGAUCCUUUUGACUGGGAGAAGAGUGGAACUGAUGGCUCUCUGACAACGACAACAACUUCAACCACACCUCAGUUACACACUCGUCUUACUCCAGCUGCAAUUGGAAUUGCCAAUGCCACUCCUAUUCCAGGAGAUUUGCUGCGAGAGAACACAGAUGAAGUAUUUCCUGAUGAACAGCUCAGUGAUGGAGAGAAUGGUAUUCCAGUUGGUGUCUCACCAGAGAAGCUGCCUGGGUCUCCUGGGCAUCAGCGUUCUCAGGAAAAAGACGUUUGGGAAGAAAUGGAUAUAAACAGAAACAAAAUAAAACUAGGGAUUUGUAAGGCUGCCACAGAAGAGGAAAACAGCCAGGGACCUGUGAAUGGAAUGCUGAAUGCACCAAGUCUAGGUUCUCCAGUUCGUGUCCGCUCAGAGACCACCCAGCUGGACAGAGAUGUCCCGCUGGUUCGAAAGCUGCGUUCAAUUCACAGCUUUGAACUUGAGAAGCGUCUGACAUUGGAGUCAAAGCCAGACACUGAUAAGUUUCUUGAAAACUGUUUGGAGAAGAGGCAGAAAGACUUGAAUGCUGCAGCAGAGACUGCAGUUGCUGCUGUUCCUCCUCUUCCUCAGAAAUCACUCAUUCCUGCUCCUGUGGCUGCCCGCAUGGACCAUGUUUGGCACUAUGAUGAAGAAUAUCUUCCAGAUGCUUCAAAACCUGUGUCAGCUGGUUCUCCAGAACAAAUUGAUGGUGUUGUUGGCAAUGGAUUUGUAGCUGUCAACUUAAGCUCCUGCAGGCAGGAGAUUGAUUCUAAGGAAUGGGUGAUAAUAGAUAAGGAACGGGACUUGCAGGAUUUCAGGACAAAUGAAGUUUUAGGGCACAAAACGACUGGAAGUCCCUCAGAUGAAGAGCCAGAGGUACUACAAGUUCUAGAGGAGUCCCCUCCAGAAGAGCAGCCCAGACAAGAAGGCUGGGCAGGAAACAGUGUCCAUGCCAAGAAUCAAACCUCAGGGGUGGAAUUUCUUGUUGCCAUGGAAAGUCAUCCUGCUUCUUCUGAACAGCUUACAGACAAAUUGGAACUUCUGACAGGAGCUGCUGGACAGCUUCUUGCAGCCACCCCUACAAGUCCUAUGGAAGCUCAAGCAGAAGGAGCACUCACUCCGCUCAACUCAUCUCAUAUGCUGCAUUUCUCCACUCCAAGAAUUUCAAGUCCCAUCCUCCGCACCAUGAGCCCUAUAGCCUAUCUGUCCAUCCACCCGGACCCUCUGAAAGAGGCUGGUUUACCAAGGAGUCAAUCAGCUGAGAGCCACUCCUCUUCUUCCCGCUCAACUGGUCGUAGGCAGCUUCCUGUCAUUCCCUGUGGCAACAAGUUUCCCCCUGUCAUUCGCAUCUCAAAAGCACAACUUCAGCAGGUAACGAUACCCAGGCCUUCUGUGGCAUCCACACAGUCUGCUUCAGAGAGCUUUCAUUAUGGCCACCAGCUAGAUAAAAGAGAGCGGGACGCACAGUCUGUGGAACAAACAGUGGAACUUUUAUCUCCAAGGGAAACUUUGCCGUGUUUGGUUGUGACAGGAGAUGCCACAGUUAGUGGCAGCAGACCAGAUAUGGUACUUCAUAUCAGCCAAGAAGUGCUUGAAAGGGAAGAACAUGUCAAAGAACGUACCAGUGUCCUGAGCAGUGGCCAAAAGGACCUACCUGAAAGACAAAGCGGGAGACAGGAAGAGAAGGAACUUGAAAAGCUUCCUGUAGAGACUGAGGAAGAACUACUUCCAGUGGUUUCUGAGGAUGCUGUUGUAAUGCUGAGCAAAGAACAGAAUUCUUUGCCGGGAAGUUCGAAAUCUGCGGAUGAAGAACCUCUAACUAAUACUGAUGCUGCUGAAGAAUCAAAGCCAAGGCCUGUCUGCUUGGUGCCAAAUCAAGAUGAGCUUCUGAAGUCAACAGCACCUGAAACACCAGAAUUUUCUCCAUCAAGACGCAUCAACCCAUAUGUUAAUAGACAAACAAGCAAAAUAGCACCAGUUCAGGAAAAUGGUUUUCAUUCUAAUAAGGAGGAAGUCCAUGUCCAGGACUUGCAGUGCCACCAAGUGGCUCUUACUACUUUUUUGCACCAGGAGGACAAGAAGGAGAAAAAUGCUCCCAGAAAUGGAGAGUUAUUUCACUGCAUUUCAGCAAAUGAGAAUUCUCAUCGAUCUAAGAAGGACUUAGUUAAAUCUCCUUUUGUAUUCAGGCAGAGCCGAAUCCCGGUUUUAGCACAAGAAAUAGACUCAACAUCAGAAUCCUCUUCUCCUGUUUCAGCAAAGGAAAAGCUUCUUUUAAAAAAGGCCCAUCAGACAGACUUGGUCAGACUACUUGUGGAAAAGAGGCAGCUCAAAUCUUUUCUUGGUGACCUCUCAAGUGCCUCUGAUAAGUCACUGGAGGAAAAAAUGGCUGCUGCUCCGGUACCAUUUUCUGAGGAUGAUGUAUUAUCCUCAUUUUCUAAACUGACACUGGACUCUCAUUUCAGCAAGCAGACAGAAGAGAGUUAUUUAUCUCCAAGCAGCCCUCAGUCCAGAAAAAGCAAGAUACCCAGACCAGUCUCCUGGGCCACUACUGAUCAAGUCAACGGUUCAAGUUCAACUCAUUUCCUUCCUCGGCCACCACCUGGAAGACCACCUAUUAGGCCUGGGGUAGAAGCAAGGUUACGCAGAUACAGAGUCCUGGGGAGUAGCAGCUCAGACUCAGAUCUUAUCUCUCGUCUGGCUCAAAUUCUACAGAACGGAUCUCAAAGACCAAGGAGUUCUACACAGUGUAAGAGUCCAGGAUCUCCACACAGUCCAAAAACACCACCCAAAAGUCCUGUCAACCCCCGACGCAGUCCCAGUGCCUCCCCUAGGAGCUCUUCCUUACCCCGUACUGCUAGUUCUUCCCCAUCACGGGCAGGGAGAACCCACCAUGAUCAGAGGAGUUCCUCCCCACAUCUUGGGAGGAGUAAAUCACCUCCUAGCCAUUCAGGCUCCUCAUCUUCUAGGAGAUCCUGCCAGCAAGAGCACUGCUACAACAAACCAAGCAAGAAUGGUCUGAAAGGAUCUGGCAGUUCCUUAUACCAUUCCCCAAACACUAAGACUCCCACAGGAAAGAGCAAAUCAGCCACUAAGCUUAGCAGAUAGGAACUGGGCCUUGACAGGUAUAAAUCCGCCUCUUAAGUCUGAUGCAUGUUGUGUCUGUGUACUGUGUAUUUAAAAAAUUAAUCAAAAAAGUAUAUUUAAAAAAAAAAAGUGUUGAAUCUGCGCUUUUUAAGAACGUAAGCUUCAUAAACUACUCAUGAGAAAGCAUACUUUGUAAAUGAGUGGCCAGACAUUGCCUAAGAGCAGGCAGCAAGCAGAUCUGGGGGGGAGAGGGGUAGAGGGCAAGAAAAGAAUGACUCAGGUAGUCAAAGAGGUGGAAUGUGUUUGAAGUAAAAAAAAUAUCUCCAAGGUGAGUGUUUAAAAAGAGUAUCUCUAUGUUUUCAGUUUACUUAACUAGAAGAUUUGGCCUAAUUAUUUAAGGUUUGUCUCAAGAAUUAUUUAAGGAAUCAAAACCAUUAUUCCCAAAACGUCACCACUUGGGAGAUAAGUGCUGCUCAAGCAUAGUCUUCAUAGUUUUAAAAAAGCACAGUUUAUAUGACAAUGGUAUUUCUACCUUAUGAUUCUCUUUCAUUUUGAGUUUCACACAUCCAAGUCACUUAGUGCUCAUCUUGUCCCCUAUCUGUUAUAGCACAGAUUUACUUACGUGAAGUAUCGUGUUUCUUGCCCCUUCUUUACUCUGGUGACAUUUUAAGUAUGGAUAUUAACAGUUUCUAAGAUGUUUUUGUAGUGAUAUUUUGUAGAAAUUUGUUCAGUACUAAUUAUGAUCCAAUAAGCUAAUCCUUGGUUCCAUGUUAUACACUUUGGGAAUCAUAAGGGGUUCUACCUCAGUAGGUAGAAUUUGAAAGAGCAUCCUCAUCUAGGAGAUGAGAGAAAGAAGUCUGCGGUUCACUGAAUGUUGCAGAUUUGCAAUGGAUUGCAAUGAAUGUUUGAAAAGGAGUGCCUGAUUUUUCCCUAACCAAAAUGCAAAAAGAAUCCUUGUUACUGCUGGCUUUUGUUUUUAUUUUGUUAGUUAUGGAUCACUGAAACCACUGAUCUUACAGUAUAGAAUCAAUUAUAACCAAGAUUAUUUGUUUUAAUAAAAACAUGAAAGGUAAACUCCUUGGGAGGAUUCAGGUGACAGAAAUACAGCCAAUACCUUACAAAAUCUGAGUAAGAAUCAUUACAGCAAAAUACAUAGAAAACAAUCUGAGAUACUUUUGUUAUUGGGUAUUUGUUACUCUUCCCAAAUCAUUCUUUGAUAGCCAGACUUUGUUAUCUGCCAGUGAAGUCCACAGUGUCUAAUUCUUCUGAUUUUUUUUAGUAGUUACUUAACAAUCUCUCGGGCUCUACAGAAUCUCAGUAGAGAACACUUAGCACUUUUUGCUACAUUCAGAAGAGAAUACUGGCUAAGAAUAGUAACGAGCAUGAAUGCAAUCCUAAAAAAGAUGUGGCCAGCUCUCCUUGGUUAUAACUGUUGUGGAGAUACUGGAUGUGUAGGAGACUUGUCAGCUGCUGAUCUGCUUGCUGUAGUCAUAUGCCUCUCCAGCCAGCAUCUGUGCUUUUUUCUAUUUAACCUCUGCCAAAUGAAUACCUUUGGAUUAAAAGGGAAUAUUUUGUCUCUGAGCUAACACAUUCUAAUGCUGCAUUAAAGCUGCCCUGGAGCUGCACUGAAUUUCACUUGCUCUGUCAGACUAUGUUGAUUUUUCUUUUUCUUACUGUUUGUAUGUAUAUUGUUUCUCAUACGCAAUGUAGCACAGCGUAGAACCUUAAUUUCAUUCAGGUUUCAAUCACUACAGAUGAAUGCAAUAGGUAGGGUAUACCUGCUUUUUCUGAAAAAAAAAAAACAACUACCACUGGAAAGUCUUAUUCCUUUGUAUUAUAUUGUAUAAUAGGUGCUAUACCAAUAAUUGCAUGUCCUCAUGGUAAAUUAUAUAAUAUAAAUAUUUAUAUAUACAUAUAUGUACAUGCUUAUAUAAAUUCACUUUCUCAUUUUUCACUUGUAAUUUAUGGACCACACAUAACGCAGUUCCCUGUUAGUUCCUGAAUACUCUUGGCAUUGCAUCUCCUAUCUCCUGGAGAAAAAAAAAAGUCUGGAAUGCACAAAGUCUAACAACCUUUAUAUCUUGGGACAAGAUUGAAGGACUACUGAUUUCUCAACCAGCCAACAUUUUGUCUUGCAGCUCUCUGUCUUUCUUUAGAAUUGUGUGCAUUUGCACAUGAACAGGAACAGAAACUGAAAGGUAUUUUCAUUUCUUAUCACAAAUAGGGCUUGUUGAUUAUUCAUUUUAUUUUAUAAUGUAUGUUCUUAAUUGUUGUGAAUACUCAUGAUAUAGGUACAGUGGUAGUCAAUGAAUACUUGAUAGAUGAAUGUGACAACAACAAUUCUAUCUUUCCUUCCUGCUUUUCUCAUAGCAUAAAAAAAAAAAAAAGAAAAAGAGAGAACAUUGGUUCCCAUUUAUGAUAUUUCUACUCUGGGCACUGCUGGAAUUAUUUGUUAAGGUGGUAUAGCAGCCUAAGGUUAUUUUCCCUCCACUCUCCCUUAUUUUCCAUUUUGUUAAGGUCCUUUGAGCUAAUUCCUACAUUAAUAGGGUCAGUUUCAAUAAGUGCCAAUUUUAUGCUUGCUCUCCUGAAAUGCUGAAGUUUGAGGUGUUUGUAUUUUCUCUCUAGUACAACAGAAUCUAGAAACAGGUAACUUCUUUAUAGAUGAGAAAGAAUAUUAACACCUAAGGAUUUUUUGUGCUCUUUCCAAAAAUACAGACUUGUUCAUUGCUGCAGUUUACUGUAUAUGACAGGCGAGUUAGACUACUUGAUCUUUAAAGGUCCCUUCCAACCCAAACCAUUCUAUGAUUCUAUACAAAAUAAGCCAAUGUUGUAGACAUUCACCUGUACUUGAACUAGUUGCCAAUGUAACAGUAGUAAACUAUGCCAAAAUAGGGUAAGAGAUGAAUCAUGAUUGAUAAUCCAGGCUUCUUUCUGUGCAAUACAAGGUAAAAGGCCUCUAUAUCACCGAAUGCUUCUUGCUGCGGAUUCCACAGGGACUAGUGAGAAAAUCAUGAAAAUGCAAACAGGAAAGUGGUUAUGAGCAAUAGGACUUGAAUUACCUGCUCUUCUAGAAAUUUUUAUUGCUUGUUGCCUUCUGCCAAAAACAUACAGAAUUGCAUACUAUAGACUAAUGUAGCAACUGGUUAAUGUAGUUAGAUAGCAGUCACUUGAUCACCUCAUCUAUAUAUUUGUUACUGUACUAUUUCCAGGGGGUCCAAUUAAUCAUGAGCUCUGUAAUCUCCGACACUUGCAUAUGCAACUGACAUAAAACCAUCAAUGUAUGUGUGUGACCCUUGUGCAGAAGGGGAAUGAAGGAUCUACAUAGAGUAUCUGCAACAAAUUUUCAGGAAUGGGAAGAUUUCUCUCCAUUGUAUACAACAGCUAUAGUCAUUUUGCUUAAGCAUCCAGCAACUUGUAUAGCAAUUUUUAGCUGAAAAACAAUGUAAUUCAAGGAGCUGUUGCUUUGUGCUUUUCAAGUAUCCAUUUCUUUGGAGUGCAGUGCAAUGGAGACAUGGCAUGUUCUGGAUGAAAAUGCUGCAUGUCUAUUUCCUUUUCACAGUGUUACCUGUGCUGUUUUUUCCAACACUUUAAAGCAUUUUUAGAGAAAUUGAGGCAGAAGCCUGUAAAAUAAAAUAGAACUUGAAAAGAUAGAACAUGUCACAAAAAAUUGUCCUGCAAUUUUACGUGAUACACUGAAUUUGAGUGACAGCCUUGAAAAUCAAUAUUAAUAUCAACAAAAUUUGUUAUAAAUUGCAAAUUCUAAUUGCUAAGUAAAACUGUUAAAAAUAACAGGAGUUGUCAUACAGUAUAAUGACAUUGGCAAGUCAUAUGAUGGUAGGCACCUAUCUAUUUGAGUAGGAUCAGUAAGUUUUGAACAAUUUCAGUGUUCAAAGGCAGGAGCAAUAGGAGGUUUUAACUGCUAGUAUGUGCAGUUAUUCAGGAGGCACAGACCUCUGGGGAGUUAUAGCCACCAGCAGUAACUUGGAAAAUCUGAACGUAUUCUUGCCUUGAAGUCUCCAUGCUUGAGAUCAAGUUUUCUAUCAUACCUCACAAAACAGUCAUGGUGUAGAAGGAAAGGUCUAGUGCUGUAUGUUUCAGAGAUUUUUCAACUGAAAAAGGCUUGCAAGAGCUCUGCCAGUUAGAAUUUAUAAUUAUUAUGGCAUUGAUUAUUGCUGGCAAAACACAGAAUUUUAAUUUUUUAAUAUAUGUAUAAAUAUACCUUUUGUACAUGUGUGAAUAUACACAUUUACCUAAAUACUGUAUGCUAAAUAGAAAUAUAUGUUAUUUAUAUACAUAUAUACACAUGCUUAUGUGUGUAUAUAGGUAGAAACAGUCUCAGCUGUUGCAUCCUGUUUACUUAAACUCAUUUACCAGAGUGAGCUGAGGUCUGUGGUGCUUUGACUUGGUCUGAUUUCUCUGCUUUAUCGGCCAUAAUUUUGCCAUGCCCUAAUGUUGAUUCUCUUCAGUUUCACAGGGCCUGAUCCUGUAGUUCUCUUUUGGCAAAAGUGCUGUAAGUCUUUCUUAUCCCAGUAACAUUUAUACAGUGGUUGAUCACAGUGCUCCUAGAAAUGUGUUAUUUUUCUCUUUGAUACGAAUGUAGACAAUGCCAGUUAAAUGGUGGGGACUUUCCUGUAAACAGAUUUUUUUCCAUAAUGAAAUAGAGAUUUCUGUAGGACAGUAAGAAGCAGAACUUCUGCUAAAAAGAUGAUUAUUUCAAUGUUUUAUAAAGGUUUAGUUGCAAACCAGGAAUACUUGCCUACAAUUUUUGUAUGAAUGUUAAAAAUGAGAGAGAAAUUGAAUCUUCCAGAAGAAACAAGAGAAUAAAAGGGAGCUCAAACUCACUAAUGAGCUCAAUAACUAAUUCAUGGAAUAUUCUGAUAUAAGUUGUUGUUUUUGUUUUUUUUUUUUAAUGCAGGAAUGAUCCUGCAGGGUGGUGAGAGGUCGUUUUGUCUGUUCAAUGCCAGUGUGCAAGAGGGUUCUCAGGUGUCUAGGUUAAUACCAUGAUCCCAUGUAGUGCAUUCUCCAUAGAAUAUUUUUAUUCAACUUCUUUAGCAAGCCAAGUAGGCAGUGAACUGAAGGAUUUUGUUUGCUGUUUUGAUUUGGCUGAAAUGUCUUGUUCACAAUUUGCAGUGACUGGUAAGUUUGAUAAAAGGAAGCAAGGUUCAGUGUUUCUGCUCCAUGCAGUCCGUAGGUGUGGAUCAUGCUGUUCUUAGCCAAUGUGUGCAACCACAUAAACACACUCACCUCACACAAGGAUACCUCAGCUAUCCACUUGAAGCCAGUCUUCCUCUCCCCUAUGUGUAACAUUUGUAAAAGAGAAAUGUUAUGAAAUUCAGUCUAGAUUCUAUAAUAACUAUCUGGAAUUAUCUUAAGAUAUUGCAAAAUGCUGAGUUUAUUUAAUCACAGUAGCAACAAGCCUCAUUUGGUGGUCUAAGUAACCAGAUUUUUAAUAUUAACCUCUGAGUGUUUGUUUGUUUGUUUUUAAGGAAGAACUGAAGAGGAGUAAGAGGAAUGUAUUAUUUUAAAGUCUAAAGUAUUGACUUGGCAAUUUUUCCAGCCUUUCAGGAUUGAGUAUAUAGGGUGAUUUUACUCUCUGUUGCUGGUAACACAUCCUCUCUUAACAGGAGCAGUGACAACACCUCAAGAACUUUAUACUUUUGUGGGAUUAAUAAGCAUUGCUUUUCUAACUUUCUACAAUGGCUGGCAAUUAUGUGGGCUGUCUACAGGAGUUUUCCUUUUGGGAGAUUUCUUCAAUAAAAACAACCAUGUGGUUGACACAACAAAUUUAGCGCAGAGCAAAUUGCGACCUGCAAACCCCAGCAGGGAAGCUGAACCUGGGCUGCAAGGGGUACCCACAGCUUCCAGGGACUGGCUGGUUUUCCUCUACUGCUGCAAUAGAGAAAUUGUCUUUCAGAGAACAGGAAUUUAGUUGCAGUGCUCUGCAACAAGACCUGUGUACCCUGCUCCUUCCUUACUACAGAAGAGUUCCAGCUCACUGGUUAAUUUUGGUUCCAAAAUCCUGGGUGAAAUUCUGGUUUUGUUUCAAGUAUGUCAGGAUUCCCACUAAUGCAAUGCAAAAUUUAAACGCACAAAGUUGUACGUACAAAUAAUAAUGAAUGUGGAUUUGAAGUUUCUGCUCUAAGUGUUGAGCAAUGCCUUUUUUUGUAGUGCAGAUGUUAGCUUGUGUUUUGCUCCUGUUUCUCCCCAGUCCACAUAAACAGCUUGGAUCCUUUCUGUUCUUGUGCAAGUGAAACUUUCAUUAAAAUAGACCCUAGUUUUAUUUAGCUUUUUUUUUUUUUCCUGUGUAGGGACUGAAGGAAUAAAUUCACUUAUAAAUUUGCAUUUUCAGUUACUUUAUUUUAAAUUGGAAAAUGCAUAUUUUUAGUAAAGACUGCGACAUGACUUGCUUUUUGAUCCCUUACUUUCUGUAAGAAUUACUGCUGUUAGUCAGCUUAGGCCAAGAGUACUGAGUCCACUGUUUCUUUUGAAAACAAUACUGCAGGUGGGCUACUCAUACAGGGUCCUGAUGGUCCCCAGUUGGCUGUGGUAAUUCAGCUAGUAUUAAUUGGUUACAGAUGUUUGUUUCAUUUUGCGAUCACUUGAUCUUUGACCUAACUUUUAUGUAAAGGACCUCUAGUAGCAGCAGGCCAGCUUGCUCUCGAAGGUACAUAAUGUUGACCAGCUUGGUCUGCAUGGCUUCAGAUUCUUUUAAGUCGUGAUCUGGAUUGUGGCAGACAAGGUCAUAAGGGUUUGACACAAGGUGUGGUGAGGGAUUUUGGUCCAUUUCACAACUUUUCCUUCUCUCUGGUAUGACUGGAGAUCUGGAAUGAUUGGCCAGCAGCCUCCUCUGCAUCUUUUGCUUUCUUAGUUUGGAAUGCAACACUUAAAAUUAUUCUUGAACUUCUAACUGAUUUUCUGUAGAAUCAACCCAGAAUUGAGUUGCAGUGUGUAUUAGAGAGAGAGAGAGAGAGAGAGA